CAGAGAAACUGAGUGAAAAAUGGAAUAGACUACUAUUACUGCUAGUUUGUAGUGCGUAGGAAAGGGGAGAAAAAAGCUCUGCUUAUCCCCAAUCCUCCCUUGCGUCUUCUUUUUUUCCUUUCCUGUUGUUACCCAUCACAUUCCUUGAUGUCAUGCCUGCCAUUGUGAGCCGACAGGCCCUCCCUGGCCUGGUGGACAGCUUGUAAGUCAGGAGGGGAGGGGGAGCUGUGGAGGUUGGGGGGAGCAGUGGUCACACCAACACCUUAGAAUUGGGCUGGGUCUGAGUGGAGCCCCAGAGAUGUUCUCCAGCCCAUUCGUCCCAAGAACCAAUGAGUAAAAUUAGGGGCCUCCCACCUGAGGUCAGGGAACCAGGCCCUGGAGUGGAUCUGGGGGUGGAAGAUGGCCUUCUUUGUCAACUGGUUCAUUCUCCAGAAUUCAACUUGUUCUCCGACUCGGUGGUAUUUGAAAGCAACUUUAUCCAGACCCACAAAAAGGAGGCUGAUUUCCAGGUCACUAAGCCCGGGAGCUGGAUGGAUGUCUAUGAAGGUUCUACCACUGUGAUCCUCGGGGUGACCUCCUCAGUGCCCUCCUUGCCACUCCCCAACAUCCUCCUGAUGGCCAACGUCACCUGGCCCCAGGGUCAGUUUUCCACCUGGAGCUCACCUGAUUGUGCUCCAGUGGUCACCCUCAGCAGGAUUCUCCCCCUGAAGUUUGUGGAGCUACAAAUCUGUGACCGGCUCCAACGCAUCCUGAGGGUUAGGACAGUGACUGAAAAGAUCUACUACCUGAGGCUCCACGAACACCACCCAGAGGCCGUAUUUCAAUUCUGGAUCCGCUUGGUGAAAAUUCUGCAGAAAGGUCUGUCCAUCACCACCAAAGACCCAAGAAUCCAAUUCACGCACUGCCUGGUGCCCAAAAUGUCCAACAGCUCCACCGAAAUAACGCCUGAAGGCAGCCUCCUGCCAUCCGCCCAGCCCAGCGAAAGCUUCAUGCUGUUGACAGCCGAACAGACCAGUGACAGUUUCUCGAAUAUCACAGGGAGGCCCCAGCUGACAGCGGACAGUAACACCAAUGUCGCCAUCAAAAGAGACAAUUUGGACAGCUCUAAGACCCCCUUGCGGGUGGCAUCUCCAGUCAGUUUGAAAAUACCCAUGAGAGCUGCCUUGAGCCACAGCCUCUGGGAACAAGAGAAUCCAGAUGAGCACUUUCUGCAGGCUCCUGUUGCCAGUUCCCUAGGAGAGAACUUUUUUGGACCCUGACACCUAUCCGGAACGGGGCGAUCUUCCCUGGCUUCAUUCUGUGCGCUUGCCACGAUCUCCUACCAAUGCUGUUUUCCCACUGGGGGCCAAAAGACCGUGGGAGAGGUAUGAGGGUGCUUAUAACACAGUGCUUUGUACUUCCACCAAGAAACCUCCAAGUGAGUUCCUAGUUGUUACGGGCUGUGCUCUGCAGGGCUUCAGGCUGGGGAUGGACCGAUUAGGAACGGGAGCUCACCCCUUAGGAAAAUAAAUGGGAAAAAUGUUCUGUCUGCUCAGCUGGAACCCCAAAGCAGCCAAGCAGAGCCACGAAGUCCAGUCCAGA